GUGGAGGUAGGGGUUCGCGCCAGCGGUUUGGCCUCCGGGUGAGGCCUGUCCUUCCAACCUCUGGCUCUUGAGGCCGAUCCUGAGGAUUGCAUUGGAAUCAGUUUACUGUUAGUUAUUAAAAUCAGUUGAGCUCCAACUUGACUGGAUUGCCUUAGGUUUUAAACACUUUUCCUUUAAAAUAAGAAAGACACCAUGGAUCAGAGUUUGGAUGGACUGCAAGAAAAUGGAUCUUGUGAGGAAACAAAAUGUCUCAACCCUGGUCUCUUGGACAAAGGAUUCUUAUUUGAAAUGAAUUCUGAUGCUUCAGAAUUUGAAGUUCCUGAGACACCCAGCCCUGUUUUUUCCAAGAAGAACAGUAAACCAUAUCGCGUGGAGACUGCAGUCCAGGAUAGAAUUACUAAUGAAGGGCGAAAACCUAUAUCUGUUAGAGGCGAACUGCAGAUGGUGGAAUCCAAGGUAGACCAGCAGGAGGGUGGAAGAACAGAGCAAGCCAGGCCGCAUCAGGAGGUUGCACAGACUAGUACCUGUCCACCAAAGAGAUGCCUUGUAAUGACCAAUAGUACUGCAACACAGACACCUGAGAAACGUACUAAAAGACUCCUUGCCAAAAAUAGCAAAGCUUAUUCUUCCUGCUCGUUGCUGAAGAGUCCUGUGUGUUUACAACCAAAGGAAAAUAGAGCUUUCUCAAGUCUAAAAUCAAAAAGAUCAAGCACUGCAAAAGCUGCUGCUUCCUCAAGAUAUUUGCCAUCACAAAAAACGCCUGUGGAGUCAAAACUGCUGUCAAGGUCAAGAGAUUCUAGUUCUUCUACUGUGAAGACAAACUGCUGUGUGGCCUCGCGCUGUCAUUCCCCUUCAGCUGUUUCCAGUUCACACACCUCUCCAGCAAUGAAAAGGGCAAAAUCAAGUUCAGAAGGUUUUUCUGUUGCCAGCACUUCAAGAAGUUCUCCUCCAGUGUGCAAUACAUUUUUGAAAGAGAGUCUAAGAAUAGAUUCAGCACAAACAUCCUCUGCCUUUGAAUUAUGUGCAGGUGGAUUUGCAGUUGCCUCUGCUUUCAACUGUGCUGCUUCUCCAGGCUCAGCACUAACUAUUUUAGGAAAUGGUGCAAGUGACUGGAUAGAUCUCCUGGAUGACGAUGAUGAAACAAUAGUGCCCUUAAGAGAGCAACAGCAGUGGGAGCCACCAAUAAUUGUGGUUGAUGACGAUGACUCUACUGAUACAUUUGUUCGUUUUGCACAACUUGAAGAGGAUGAAGCAUUUGCCAGGCAACUUCAGGCACAGUUUGACCUCGAAGCUCAGCAACAAUCUGAAAAUACAAGAACUACCUCAACAUUGGAAAAUUCCCACGAAUUUUGCGGUUUGCCUGGGUGUUCAGAGUAUGCAGGUUUAUUUGCUUCAGAUAUUGGAUACUGUGGGAAGCCUGGAUGUAGUGAGCUUCAGCAUCAAAAUGACAUCUUGAGUCCUGAAAGAAUUGACCAUGCUCUUGACCUGCAAAGAUUUUUCAAUGAGACAAGCGGUAGAAGCAGAAGACUUAGAAGACACAAUCGGCAUCAGCAUGCUUCUAUGUAUUUAGAUGAAACCAUAAAUGAUGGUAAUGAUUAUGAGGAACUUUUGGCUUAUGAAGAAAGACAGGGUUCAGCUGUUGCACAGAAAAAACUCAGCAGUGCUGAGAUUAACUGUUUACCAGUCAAUUUAUUUGAUCCAGCAAAUGCUGCAGAAAAGACACAAUGUCAUAUCUGCUUCAAUGACUACACACCAAAAGAAGAGUUGAGGAUCUUGCCAUGUCUUCAUGACUAUCACAGAAAAUGUAUUGACCGCUGGUUAAAGAGAAACUCAAGUUGCCCAAUUUGCAGAGUCGAUGUGAAUUUGGAUCAGUCUUGAUGAGUAACUAUCAGAAGAGUCACUUAGUGCAAUAAAUUAUUUUUUGACUUGAAUGGAAUACUGUUUUUAAGAUGCAUUCAAUUGUGCAUAGAUGAAAAUGUUUCCAUUUUAUUUCUGUAAAAAUGAUUUGAAUUUCAACACAAUGGCUCAAUGUAUAUUGUUUACUGUCCUUUAUUUAAGAACUGAUCUCUAAAUUUUUUAACAGAAGACCAAAAUAAAACUUUAAAUCCAAAACAAUAUUCCAUGUUUUCACUUGCUGUAUAAAAAUAAAUGCUUUUGAAUAUUCAACCAUUAAAUUACAAACUUUCACAUGCCCAUGUUGCAACUCUCCUUCCAGAUUAUUGCAUUAGUGUCACUAACAUCAAUUUAGUGUAACUUUGCUUGGGGUUAGAUCAAUCAGUCUAACUUAAGGGCCUAGAAAGGCUGAUGUUCCUCAUUGAAAGCUAAGAUUGGUGGAGUUUAAUCUCCCUUACACAUUAUCUGCCCUUUUUAACAAUAGGAAACUUCAAGUUGCAGUAUUUUUCCACAAACAAAAGGCACAACAUUAAGUCUUGACUAUUGUACAGUAUAUUCGAGGUGCCAAUGCUGGCAAGAUUGAGUAGAAUGGGUAGAUUUGCAGGUUCUUUUGAGGAUGAAAAUAUUCAGUAGAAGCUGAACCAUCCUCCAAGCAAAGUUUCUUUCUUUAAUUGCUUUUAACUGGUUUUAUACACCUUUUGUUGCUGAUCGGUUGUCAAGUAAAUAAUCAGGAGUCUGACUUAACCUGGAACCCACCUUUUAGGGUCAUGUUGUUUAAAGUCCCACCAACCUAAACAGCUUAUCAAUUUUACACUUUUCUGCAAAGUAUUUGAUAUCAAUUCUAUUUAUAGAUGUUAUGAUUUAAAUGUGUUUCUGCAGUUUGAAACAUCCAGCAUAUAAAGGAUUCCUUCAUAAAUUGACAAAUAAGACAGAUGUGAUUUACUGCUGUUUGUUUUUUAGUUUAAAACUAAUGUGCAGUACCUUUUAGUUGCAAGCUUUCAAUUUUUGUACUGAACAGUUUUUAGCAUAGUGCUUAACAGCUCCUGAAUCUUAACUGACAUCCAGCAGUAUUCUGAUUCUGUUCAGUAUAGUAUUGAAAAGUGUACUUGCAAGAGUACUAAACUCUGCAUGCUGUCAUUGAAUGAAUAACUGUAGCUGCUCAAACUGCAGGCUAUAAAUAGAUUGUUUGCAAAUAACUUUUUUGUGGGUGGCCAAAGUAGAAUGGAGAAAUUUAUAUUUUUAUACUCUUGUCCUUUUUUUUUGUAUCAAGAAUGAGUCACUUCAAGCAUUAUUGAAUAGCUUGGUGUGCAUGUGGUAAUUGUUUUCAUUUGAAUUUGUAAUAUGUAAAUAUUGAUGUUUGAACACAAAUGUACUGAAUAGUU